CUCGGCCCCGCCGGCCCCCGGCUGGGGUCGAGGCUCGGCUGUGCCCCCGCCUGCUGCAACCGCUCGUGGAAGCGGUGAAGAGCCAGAGGGUCCCGGCUGAGCCUGGCUGAGGCUCCCCCCGCCCCUGUGAGGAGCGUGGGGGCGUCUUGGAGCAGGGAAAGGAGCAAUCACCGGGGAGGGAGAUGGCUUAAUCUUAGUGGCUUUUGUUGCUAAUAUUGCCUGCUUGCGGUUCUUCACUGUCAAGAUGGGCUCUCUUUUAAUAGAUUUCCGAUAGGGGGGUUUAAGUGGUGUGUUUCGGCUGCACAGAAAAUUUGGGAUAAAUGAGCUUAAGAAAGCUGUCUCUGUCAGGUUUCAGGUCAGUACCCAGCUGUACAGGUGUCCAUUUCUUUUUAAACACAAGAUUAAAGGAGAGGUCCCAGGAGACAGCCACUCCCUCCUGACCAGGGAGAAUGUGCAGCUCCUCAGGCAGGGACAGGAGAUGGCCAGCCUGCAGAAAGAACUCAGUGCAGGAUCUUGGAAAUCUAGCAGGCGUCCUCGCAGCGCGGUGAGCUCUGCCUUGGAGGUGCCCCACCCACUGCCCAGUUUCACCCCCUAUGUGGACGAGUCAGCUGAGCCCCAAAUGAUGACGAGCUGCAUGGAAUUGAACGUUUGAGUGAGGAUGCGAUUGUGAGCGGCUCCUACAAGAACAAGACCCUUUGUGCCAACCCAGAGGACACGUGUGACUUUAACAGGGCUGCCCACCUGGCCUCAACGCCCUUUCACGGGGUGGGAGCUCAGAGAGUCCCAGCUCCUGCUUUCUCUCAGGGUGAACUGAAGGAAGAUAGUCCAGAAUCCAGGAGUGCACCUCUGAGUCAGGAGACACCGGUGGGUGAAGGAGCAUACUGUGAAGUGUGGAGUGCUGCGAAGGUUGAGGCUUAAAAUUAAGAAGGUGAGCCACUAGGGACGAUGGGAUCUCAACUGUCAACCAAAGAAAAAGCUAACGUGGCAGCAGAAGAAAGAGCUAUAGUGAAUAUAUGGACCCUUAUGUUGGGCCAGCGAGGGAUAAAGUGCAAUAAAAAGGCUCUGUGUACUUUAUUGCAGUGGUGUCGGAACCAUGGGGUAGAUACCAGCGUAAGAGCUGCAUUUAGUGUUAAACACUGGGAACAGGCUGGUGAAUUGAUUUUUGAAUCAGCCUCUCGAGGAGAUGAGACUGCCAAAAAUAUUAUGACUACCUGGAGGCUGGUGCUGGACACCUUGAAACUGCUGAAAGCUGAGCAACAUGCAAAAACAGCAGCUGAAGCGCCACGGGCGCCACCUGCCAAGACUCCCAGUGACAGUGCAGCUCAGGAGGGAGCAGCUGGGGGAGUAGAUGCCACAUCGAGUUCGCGGGUGGAAAGGAUGGGGACAAAACUAGAAGGGAAGCGGCUGGCAUCCACGCCUCCUGUCCCUGCGACUCCGGCCACACCGUGUGCACCUGCACCCCCAUGUCCUGCACCUCCGGUUACCACAAACCCGUUCUCUCCUCCUCUGCCUACGGAUGGCCGGAGUGAUGAUGAACUUCUGUCGACGGCCCCGCCUGCGCUUGAUAGGCCUAAUCACAACCUCGGCAUGGGAAUAGGGGCCGGGAGCCGAGCGGCACUCGGCGCUGAGAGUUCCGGCAGGGAGCUGCCAGCACCCGGAGUGGCGGGACGCCACAUCCCAUCGUGUCCACAGCCAAAGCCUGAGAGACCCAAGGAACCCCCUCCAUUAAUAGAUCUGUGGGAUCCUAACAGGGGAGGCCCGAGUUGUCCCAGCCCUGCUGGCCCUCAGGAGGAUGUUUUUACCGUGCGACCAAUAUCAGCUACUGUCUCCGGAUGCGAUCGGAUUAGAUGUUGGCACUAUGUUAAAUUAAAUUUUCUUGCUAGUGGGGAUCUUGAAGUUGCUGAACGACUUCCUGCACCACUGUCCCGGCUGUUCUUGGGUGGCCAAGAGCCUGUGAGUGGGACGACUGGGACUGUCUCAGUGUACGAUCCGGUUCGCUUUUGGCAGCAUAUGAAAUCAAUGGCACUUGCUAGUGGAGAUUACAAAGUUGCUGAACGAAUUUCUGUACCUAAGUUCCCGCUGUCCUUGGGUGACCAAGAACCAGAAGAGAAUUGGACUGAGCCCUAUAUUCAUGUCACCUUUAAAAUUCUCUCCCAGUUAUGCCAACUAGCCACCCAACAUGGACUGGGGUCUCCGGUCGUAACAAGGAUGUUGCGGCUUCUAGCUGAAAGUGAAAUGACACCCUUUGAUAUCAAGCAGAUAGCAGAGUUGCUCUGUACCCCGAUUGAAUACAUGGUGUUUGAGUCCACCUGGAAGCAAUAUGCAGAAAAGCAAGCGCUGUGUAAUUUAGCGGUGCCACAGCAAGAUCCAUGCUUUGGGGCAGGGGUCCCUGAACUUCUGGGAUUGCCUCCCAUAAAUAACCCGCAGUUGCAAGUACGCCUAAAUCCUUUGAUACUGGCACAGGCAAGAGAUUUAGGAAUGCAGGCCUUGAUGAAAGUUGGAAACAUGGCAUUGGCAGCUCCAGCUCAGAGUUUUGCAAAAAUUAAGCAGGGCCCCAAAGAGCCUUAUGUGCAGUUUAUAGAACGAUUAAAAGAUGCAAUGGAAAAGCAAAUAGCAAAUGACUAUGCAAAAAAUCUGUUGAUAUUGCCAUUGGCACGAGACAAUGCAAAUGAAGAUUGCAAGAAAGCUAUAGACUUGUUACCAAGAAAAAAUCCAUCCUUAGAUGAAAUGAUUGAUGCGUGUGCUGAAGUUGGAAGUGUAUCUUACGAAAUGUCUUUGUUAGCUGAUUCCUUGGCAGCUGCUAUAAGGUCGUACCAAUGCUAUGGAUGCGGGCUACGAGGUCACGUGAGAGCAAAUUGUCCCCGUAGGUACAGCUCAUUGGGGACACGUCAGAAGCAGAGAGCUGUGCCUGCAGUGGGAAGCUGUUACCGAUGUGGAAAACCCGGGCAUUUUGCCAAGCACUGCAAGUCUAAAUUCCACGCUAACGGACAACCUCUUAGUGGACAGGGAAACAGGAACAAGAGUGCCAAGGGGAAGUGCUUGCAGGCACGAGCACCUUCCCGUGCUUCAGUGCAAGCCUGUGCAACCGGCUCACAGGGACAGCAAGAGGAUCAGCUGGCAUGGAUGUUUCUGUCGCUGGCAUUAUAACUUAGAGACUCAUUAAAGGGAUAUAAAAUCCCCCUCGAGGCCCGUGGGUCUACUGGGGAAGGGUUAAGUACAUUACCAUUAGGAUGAUCAAGAGCAACGUUACAGGGUUUUGUGUCCACCCUGGAGUUACAGGUGCAGACUAUACUGGACAAAUAUGUGCAAUGGUAUCAACACCUACUCCUCCUGUACCCCUUCCAGCUAAAAGUCGUACUGUUCAACUUGUACCUUUUAAGUCUGUGUCAUUAAAACAGACUCAAAGCUGCAAGAAAACUGAGGCUUUGGCUCGACGGGGGAACCUGAAGUAUACUGGACUCAGAUUGUAUCUGAUCAAAGACCAAACGUGGUUUGUACUGUUACAAUGCCUCAGGCAAAUGCAUCCCACAUCAAGGUUGGUGGGAUGAUAGAUACAGGAGCAGAUGUUACUAUGAUAUCUGCUAACACAUGGCCUCAAUCGUAGCCCACCAUAGCUGUAGGAUCUGUUGUUGCCGGCCUUGGAGGUACCACACAAAUUUAGUUGAGUAGUAAGCCUGUGUUAGUUACAAACCCAGAACAGACAGCCACUGUCCAUCCCUGUGCCACUCACCUAUGGGGACGGGAUGUCACCUAUGGGGAAGGGAUGUCACGUCAGCCUGGGGGGUUUGGCUGGGAACAGCUUUUUAACAGGGGCCGCUGUUCUGAAGGGUGUAAAGCAUCCUACAUUAGCCUUAAAAUGACUCACCAAACGACCUGUGUGGGUUGAUAGGUGGCCCCUUGAAAAAGAAAAACUGAACGCUCUUGAAUUGUUGGUGAAAGAGCAAUUAAAUCACAGACAUAUUGAGCCAUCAACAGAUCCAUGGAACACUUCUGUGUUUGUGAUUAAAAAGAAAUCAGGUAAAUGGAAGUUAUUCCAUGACUUAAGAAAAAUUAAUACAGUUCUGGAAAGUAUGGGUGCUUUAUAGCCUGGAAUGCCAUCCCCUGCUAUGAUACCUGCUACCUGGGACAUUUUGAUUGUUGAUUUAAAAAACUGUUUCUUUACAGUUCCUUUACCUCCUGAUGAUAUCCCAAAUUUGUUUUUACAGUGUUCUCUGUCAAUCAUGCAGCAAAGAAGGCCUUUUACAGAUUCAGUCAAAAUUGAUGCAAGCACUGCAAGAGUUCAGGUUGCAAAUUGCACCUGAAGAGGUGCAACAGCAACCCCCAUGGAAAUACCUAGGAUUUAAAAUGUUAGACCAGACAAUACAGCCAUAAACAAUUCAAUUUUCAACCAAGAUCCAAGCAUUAAAUGAUGCACAAAAACUUCUAGGUACCAUUAACUGGACAUGACCCUAUUUAGGGUUAACUACCCCACAUUUAUAACCCUUUUUUAAUAUUCUUAAAAGUGAUCCUGAGUUAACUUCCCCAAGUGUUGUGGUUUAACAUAGCUUGUUUUUUAGUUAAAACCUGUUUUGCCCUCCUCCUAAUCCUUAUCUCAUAACAGAAAGUGAGUAAAUAAUUCUAGUGGGGGCACUGGCAUUUGGCCAGCACUAGACCCACUGCAUUAAUUGGUGUGCUGGCUGCAACACUUGGAUUGGCAAACCAAAACCAUUGCACUUAAUUGGUGUUUCUGCCCAGUUACUGAAACCACUGCAGCCUUUGGUGGAGAAUGCACACAAUUGGUGAAAGCUGUGAGAUAAUGAUUAGUUAGGAGAAAUAAAGGGCAAAGCAAGUAUUAAGUUUAAAUAGAAUGAUAGUGGAAAAUUAAUGUAAUUAUAGUGAAAUGUCUAGGGGUUGGAGGUUAAGAGUAAGAAAUUUUUUCCUUCUGGUUAGUGUAGUAAUUUUUAUUGUUCUAAGUAGAAGUUGCAUGUUGAAUAUAAUUUUGAUAAUUUUUAAAUGUGUAUUCACAGAGAUGAGGAGUGGAAAAUGUUGUUGUUUAACAUAGCUUGGUUUUUGGUAAAGAGAAAAUCCAUCAGUUACGGAAGUGAUUCUCUGUGAGGACUGCUAACAGCUUCCUCUGGCCCAUCAGAACCAAUCAUCUGGUUAAUUUUGAAUAUUGACACCUUGUUAAACCACUUAAGGAAGCUGAACACACCCCUGUGUAACCACAUUUGAAAAUGAACAAACCCCAGGAGAAGCUCUUUGCUUCCAGCUUUGAGCAGGUGACUGGACACUGGCCGGGCCCUGCUCUGCUGCAGCGCUGGCCACGCCGUGAAAACCACAAUGGCCCUGCCUAUGUCACACAGAAAACUCACCAGUCCUUGCAAUUACGGGGCAUGUGGCAUCUCACUGGCAUUCCUCAUUCCCCUGCAGGCCAAGCCAUCGGUGAUCUUGCCCACGGCACUUUGAAGUGCGUUCUUGAAAAACAAAAAGGGACAAUGUCUGGUGAAACCCCACAGAGUAGGCUGGCCAAAGCUCUGUAUACACUGAUAUAUGCCUUAUGAUAUUACCAAACUCCCAAAACCCUCUUAUUUGAAAUAAUUUUUUGUCAUUGCAGUCCUCCAGUGAUAUCCAGUUGUCCAAGCCUAAGGCAUGGGACCUCAUUACCAACAAGGGAGAAGGUCCUUGGGACCAUGUCACUUGGGGGUGCAGGUAUGCUUGUGUUUCUGCAGAUGCAGGAAUUGGAUGGGUACCUGCCCAGUGUGUGUGCCCUGCUCUAGGCUCUGCUCUGGGUCACAACCAGCAACCUCCCUGAGGGCCCCUCAGCUGACACUGUGGAGCAGUCACAAUGUUUGGGUAUCAGUUGCUCUAUGCAUUGAAUCAGAUGUGGUUUUGUGUGUCUAUAUGGCACAACCAGAACAACCUUUUCACAGCUGCUUAGUGGGGGCACCCUUGAACGGCACACAAAGUAUACAAGUAACACAAAAUGUCAAAAUGCAAUGCUCUUCCCAGAACAAUUGUAAUACUAAAACCCCCAGAAGGGAGCUAUGGGAUAUUUGGUAUGACAAUUUACCUGUUGCUUCACUUGAACCCCAAGAGUUAAACAUUUUAGGGACAUUAUCAGCAGAAGGAUGUGUAUUUUUUAAUUGCACACUGGAACAUGAUAUGUGGGACAGAAGUGGAACAGGAAAGCAAAAUGUUACCUCCAAUAGUUUGUGGAUUAAAUAGAUUGCCUUGCUUUGUAGCCAAAAGAGUAAAUGAAACUUCCUUAAUUUUGAGUGCUUUGGUUAUAGAUGUAGAUAUCAUGCAGCAUGCUGUUGAUUUUCUUGUGUUAGCUUAUGGACAUAGUUGUGAAGGGUUUGAUGGCAUGUGUUAUGUGGAGGAUUUUCUGGGAUAGAUCACUGGCUGGAAGAGUUAGGUUUAUCAGGCUGGGUAAAGAGCCUCAUUCCAAGUGGGCUUAUCAUUUAUUGUAUUACCAUAAUUAUUUUGUUCAUUGUGCUGUGUUUGUUAUCCUGCCUGCAAAGGGCUCUGAGAGGAUGGUGAAAACUGCCUUUGUAGUUGAAAUACAAAAAGGGGGAACUAUGAUGGUUAACAGCUGGCCUGAAGGCCUCACAGACACAAGUAACCUUGACCUUGACUUGAUGAGCCUGUACCCAUGAGAAAAGGAAGUCUUUAAGGGAGACUUUUUCUUCUUUAAGGAAGAAAACAAUGCAAAGUGGAAGGACUUAACUGCAAGGAAUGGAUGCUGGCCAAUCUUUGGCGAUCACAUAUGGAGGCAGCUAUUGGCCAGUGAGCUGAUGGCACCAAGUGAUCAGGCAAUGGGGAUCGAAUGAGUUGCUUUUGAAAACCAUAUAAAUAUGAGCUGUGAACAAUAAAGAUCACUAUUCCUGCUUGAA